AUACCUGAAAGCGAUCGGCACCUCCGUACAUGUGGUCCGUACACGUGGAUACGGUGUGGAUUUAUGGACUAAUGUUUAAACAGUCGUAUCUUAUUUACAUCGGAUGCAAACAUUAUCGUUAGCGAAUGCUAGAGUAUGUGACAAAUACUAGAGCCAGAGAGUCUACACUAAAUGGUAUUCAUUCACACGCACCAAACACAACGUCUAACAAUUUGAUCAAGAGCACUGUUUCACUGUUUUAGGAGAAACCGCUGGCUAGUUUGCCCAUGAGAUAUUGCAGGCUUCUGAAAACCCGGAACAUGACGAAUCAUCGUGUUUUGUGGAUCUUCUCUGUUAUCUUGUCCUGUGUUCUACUUAUUCUAUUCAACACCGGAAAUGAAAUCGUAUGUGGCCAAAAUGGAAGUUAUGCCGCAUUCACAGGCAUCACCAAUUUACAUGCAGCUUACCAAGAUUUCCAACGAGGAUUGACGGCUCACCUACGAUAUCCAGUGGACUUCCCCGUGAUUAUGCAGGAUGGCAACCUGUGUCGAUCAAGCGAUCAGCCCAACAUAAUUAUCCUUAUUAAAACAACUCAUGAGCAAUACGGCCUACGUCGACAAAUACGUCAAACGUGGGGUAAUGUGUCCUGCUACUCCAAACAUGGACUAUCAGCGCGUGUGUUGUUUGUCUUUGGUGUGUUGGCAGAUCACGUGAAGUUAAGGGAUCAUGUACAGACUCAGCUUAAUUUGGAGCACUCGACGUAUCAGGAUAUCCUUCAGUUCGAUUUUGUGGACGCUUAUCGGAACAACACGCACAAAGUUAAAAGCGGCCUAAAAUACAUCACCGAUCGGUGUACACGAUCCCGAUAUGUUGUUAUCUUCGACGAAGACUUCCUCGUUCAUCCUCGCAAUUUGGUCUCUAUUCUGAACAAUGUGACGGAAAUUCAAUACCCCAUAUUCUUUGCAGGACUAGUAAGAAGAGCAGAGGGACCAUCUCGUUACAUGCUUAGUAAAUGGUACGUCAGUCACAUCGAAUAUCCCUGUAAUGAAUAUCCACCGUUUGUGUGUGGUGGGGCAGUUCUCAUGAGUAUGCCAUUUGCAAAAAUGCUCUCUUUCGGACUACAGUCGAUCCCCUAUCUACCCAUGGACGACAUCCUCAUGGCCAUUGCAGUCCAUGAAUUCAGCAUCGUUCCUUUGAAUGUGGCGGGAAUCUGUUCACCUUGUGGACUAAACCGACUCGAGCGGAACAUGGUGAGCAAUCUGGUCGCUGCACACGACUUCAGAGAUGUGGCCGACCAAGCUACCGGUUGGACACUGCUGUCGCAGCCUUGCUGACGGCAGUUGUCAUGUGAAUCCAAUGCAGCUUUUAUGAUUUCACAUACAAUCAUUCUUUGGGCAAAACAGUGAAAUUACUACAGUGUACGAUUGAUAUCCGAAACAACCAUUCCCCUCGUGCGGCCAUGAAGUAAGGGAUCCACUGGACCCAGUCACCCGGAUUAAUACCUCCGGGAAUUUGGUAAGCAAAGGAUUACCCCGUCCCGUUCACAGCAGAGCAUUUUUGUCCAAUCGUUCCGGCUUAGUUUGCAACAUCAAACACCUCAUGAAAAACGCAUCUUAUACUACUUAACGUCAUUUUUUCUGUAGUGUAAUUUCUAGUGUAAUGUUUUAGUCUCUUAUGUUUUUGUAUUGUCGCACAUUGGCUGAGGUGUGUUUCUCACCUUCAGCUAAACUGCUCUGAUGAUGACGAUGAUGCAUCAACGCUCUCCGCCUGUAUUCAUUCGAUACUAUUCGUUAUGUCAACUUGAUGAAUAGCCCAUUCGUGAUGUCUCAGCUAUUGUGUACAUGAUUUAUUUUGUACUGACUAGUCCCAACCAGGUGGUACCUGUAGGAGCUCUUUUCCCCAUUUCAAUCUUAUCACACUUGUGUAUCCGUCGUUUUGUUUCAUAGCUGCUGUUGUAAGCAAUGUAGGCCAUCAUUGUGUCAACGUUGCAAAUACCAAAUUGGGGAACACCGU